AUGAGCCACUCUCCCGUCGAACCGGUCAAGGUCGGCGACGAGACCAUCGCGAAGGGCAACGAAGCUAACCAGCACGUCAAGCCCGCCAAUGGUGACCAGCUCGAGAAGCAGGUCUCGCCUCUCGAGUCCGAGGUGUUUUCGCGCCCGGACGGCGCCUCGGUGGAUGACAUUUACGAGCGCAAGGUCUACAUCCUCAACAAGGUCAUGAACGACCACAUCGGCAUGGGCAAGGUCCAGUGGCAGCUCUUCCUCCUCUCUGGUUGGGGCUGGAUGGCCGACAACCUCUGGCUCCAAGGCGUCGCCAUCAUUCUUCCGCAGGUCGAGCGUGAAUUCAACAUCUCCAGCGACGUCCGCUGGAUGACCUUCUCGCUCUACUGCGGUCUCAUCCUCGGCGCCGCCACCUGGGGUAUCCUCGCCGACGUCAUCGGCCGCCGUCCUUCUUUCAACAUCACCCUCUGCAUCGCUGGUAUCUUUGGUAUCGCUGGUGGUGCUGCCCCGAGCUUCGUCGGUCUCGGCGGUCUCCUUGCCGCGCUUGGUUUCGGUCUCGGCGGCAACCUGCCCGUCGACGGCAUGAUGUUCCUCGAGUUCGUCCCCGCCAAGUCCCAGUACCUCCUCACGCUCCUCUCGGUCUUUUGGUCGCUCGGCCAGCUCCUCGCCUCGCUCGUUGCCUGGGCGUUCAUCGCCAACUACUCGUGCGACGACAACCAGUCCAACACGGUCACCGGCCCCAACACCGUCGCUUGCGACGUCAGCCAGAACAAGGGCUGGCGCUACAGCUUCUACACCUUUGGCGCGCUCACCUUUGCCAUGUUUGUCGCGCGCUACUUUGUUUUCAACCUGCCCGAGUCGCCCAAGUACUACCUCUCCAGGGGUCGCGACGCCGAUGCCGUCGCCGUGCUCAAGGACAUUGCCGCGAGGAACGGCAAGCCGCUCGGCGACGACGUCAUCUCGGUCGAGAUCUUCCGCUCCGCUGCCGGCCAGGAGGCCAGCAUGGACGCACAGGAGAUCGAGCACAAGCCCAAGGGCAUGAAGCGCAUCACCUCGGCCCCCAAGGAAUUCAUCCACAACUUUAAGGGCGUCUCGUUCACCCCGGAUCUCUCGCACGUCCGCCCGCUCUUCGUCGGCUGGCGCAUGGCCGUUACCACCACCCUGCUCUGGGUGCUCUGGUCGCUCAUCGGCCUCGCCUACCCGCUCUACAAUGCCUUCCUGCCCAUCUACCUCUCCGAGGCUCAGGGUCUCGACGGUGCUUCGGACGUCUACACCACCUACCGCAACUACGCUAUCAUUUCGGUCUGCGGUGUUCCAGGCUCCAUCAUUGCCGCCUGGGCCGUGGAGCUGCCCCGCUCUGGCCGACGUGGUGCGCUCGGCGUCGGUACGCUUCUGACCGGCGUUUUCCUCUUCCUCUUCACCACCGCCUCGACCGAAGGCGCUGUGCUUGGAUACAACGCCGUAACGGCGUUGACUCAGAACAUUAUGUAUGGAACGUUGUACUGCCUUACUCCGGAGCUUUUCCCCGCUCCGCAUCGAGGAACAGGUGACGGAAUCGCUGCUGCGCUCAACCGUAUCUUCGGAGCGAUGGCUCCCAUCAUCGGAAUUUACGCUGGAGGCACUGCGCCGCUUUACGUGGCUGCUUCGCUCUUCCUUCUGUCGGGAGUGCUCUCCUUCCUCAUCCCCCUCGAUUCGCGCGGCAAGAGUGCGCUUUAA